GCCAGCAACACACAGAGCUCUGUGUAUUCAGAGGGAAGUUGGCAGGGUUGUGCCCGGGCAGAGAAACUCCGAGUGGUACAAAGGGACGUGCCCGGAGUGGAGAAAUCAUGCUAAUUGUCUGCACCAGAGCUGGAGAACGCCACCCAAAAUGAAGAGAGAAAGGGAAGCCCUGUCAAGAGCCUCCAGGGCCCUGCGCCUCUCUCCUUUUGUCUACCUGCUUCUCAUCCAACCAGUCCCCCUGGAGGGGGUGAACAUCACCAGCCCAGUACGUCUGAUCCACGGCACAGUGGGGAAGUCGGCCCUGCUUUCUGUGCAAUACAGUAGCACCAGCAGCGACAAGCCCGUGGUGAAGUGGCAGCUGAAGCGUGACAAGCCAGUGACCGUGGUACAGUCUAUAGGCACAGAGGUCAUUGGCACUCUGCGGCCUGACUAUCGAGACCGUAUCCGGCUCUUUGAAAAUGGCUCCUUGCUUCUCAGCGACCUGCAGUUGGCCGACGAAGGAACCUAUGAAGUGGAGAUCUCCAUCACUGACGAUACCUUCACUGGAGAGAAGACUAUUAACCUCACUGUGGAUGUGCCCAUUUCAAGGCCACAGGUGUUAGUGGCUUCAACCACUGUGCUGGAGCUCAGCGAGGCCUUCACCCUCAACUGCUCCCACGAGAAUGGCACCAAGCCUAGCUACACCUGGCUGAAGGAUGGCAAGCCCCUCCUCAAUGACUCCCGAAUGCUCCUGUCCCCUGACCAAAAGGUACUCACCAUCACUCGAGUACUCAUGGAAGAUGAUGACCUGUACAGCUGUGUGGUGGAGAACCCUAUCAGCCAGGUCCGCAGCUUGCCCGUCAAGAUCACCGUGUAUAGAAGAAGCUCCCUCUAUAUCAUCUUGUCUACAGGAGGCAUCUUCCUCCUUGUGACCCUGGUGACAGUCUGUGCCUGCUGGAAACCCUCAAAGAAGUCUAGGAAGAAGAGAAAGUUGGAGAAGCAAAACUCCUUGGAAUACAUGGAUCAGAAUGAUGACCGCCUCAAAUCAGAAGCAGACACCCUACCCCGAAGUGGAGAACAGGAGCGGAAGAACCCAAUGGCGCUCUAUAUCCUGAAGGACAAGGACUCCUCAGAGCCGGAUGAGAAUCCCGCUACAGAGCCACGAAGCACCACAGAACCCGGCCCGCCUGGCUACUCCGUGUCGCCGCCAGUCCCAGGACGCUCUCCGGGGCUCCCCAUCCGCUCAGCCCGCCGCUACCCGCGCUCUCCAGCGCGCUCCCCCGCCACGGGCCGGACGCACACGUCGCCACCGCGGGCCCCGAGCUCGCCCGGCCGCUCACGCAGCUCCUCGCGCUCACUGCGGACUGCUGGCGUGCACAGAAUCCGGGAGCAGGACGAGGCUGGGCAGGUGGAAAUCAGUGCCUGAGCCUCCUCGGGAACCCUCUGCGGUUGCCCACGGUCUGCUCUCCGCGGCCGGGGGGAGGCUGAGAAGUCCCGGUGCCUCUGGCCAGGGGUGAGGGGAGAUCAGGCCUGAUCCCCGUUUAGGAUGCAUGACGUGUGUGAACUUGCACAAAUGGGUGGAGCGCUGAUCUUGGUGUUAAACCCGGUUGCAUGUGCGCUGGGUUUACUGGCUGUGUUCUCUGACUAUGUUCUCAGUGGGUAUGAGCUGUGCCCUCUUAGGACUACAUAGAUUAUUAAAUUUCUGGCCCAAUCCCCUAAAGGA